CGAAAUUUCUGGUUUUCACUUCAGCUGGGCGGGGCGGGGCCGGGCAGAGAGCGGAUCAGGGUGAGAAAAAUCCCUUUUGGGUUAAAAACGCCUCUUUCCAGCACUCUGCUCUGCUGCCCUGCACGGCUCCUCCCUGAGCCCCAAACCCUGCGUUUCCCCGCGCCCGGAUUCCAUCGUUUGGGCACCGGGGGCAGAGCCGGGGUUCGGUUCUGAGGGGCCAGAGCUGAGGUUCCUCCUCUCCCCGUUCCUCCCCAGGCUCCCCUGAGCCGCCAUGACCGCCAAGGCGCCCAUCUACCUGAAGCGGGGCAGCCGCAAGGGCAAGAAGGAGAAGCUGCGGGACAUCCUCUCGUCAGACAUGAUCAGCCCGCCGCUGGGCGACUUCCGCCACACCAUCCACGUGGGCAGCGGCGGCCAGGGCGACACCUUCGGGGACAUCUCCUUCCUGCAGGGCAAGUUCCACCUGCUGCCGCGCGGCGCCGGCGACCGCGGCGAGGCGGCGCCGGCGCCGUUCGAGUUCUCGCGCACGGCCACCAUGUCGGGCGGCGAGGCCGCGGCGCCGUCGCCGCUGCUCAAAAACGCCAUCUCGCUGCCCGUGCUCGGCGCCGCCCAGGCCCUGACCCUGCCCGCGGCGCAGGCGCCGCCGAAACCGCCGCGGCUGCACCUGGACGAGGCCGCGGCGUCGCCGGCGUCGCCGUCAUCACCAUCACCGUCGUCGCCGCGUCCCCCGAGCGGCCGCAACGGCGAGGCCGAGCCCUUCCUGUCGCACGCCGGCUCGCUGCUGUCCCUGCACGUGGACCUGGGGCCGUCCAUCCUGGAGGACGUGCUGCAGGUCAUGGACAGGCACCAGGCCGAGCGCGGCGCCGCCAGCCCGGCCCGAGAUCCUGACGUGAUCCAGGGACGCGCACGGUGAGGGUUCAGCCUCGGGGAGAAGCAGAGAGACCCUCAGAGCUCUCCUCAGUGACCUCCUCCUGACCACGGGAAACGCAACCGUCGGGACCCAAAGUCAUCCCCAGUUUUGGGGUGAAUUCCCAAAGAUUCCGGCCAGGAGGAUUCGGGGGCACAGCGGGGUUUGUUCUGAACCUCCUGAACUGUCGGAACCUCAACUUCUGCUCCGUGCAAUCCUCAGAAAAUCCCACGGAUGGGGAAAUCUCCACCCUGUGGAGAAGCCAAAGCUCCCCGUGAGGAGCCAGGAUACCCAAGGCGCUCCUGAUUUAGGAACUCAAUCCGUGGAGGGGCCAAAAGCCCCUCUGGGGUGAACGGCAGCCACUGGAAAUCCUCGAGGAGAUGCAAAAACAACCAAAAAUCCCCACGUGGGCUGCAGGUGGAUCCUGGAAUCGAGGGAUCCGUCGUGGGUUGCGUGGGUGGGGGCGGAGCUGGAAUGCUGAAUGCUGGGAAUUCCAGCUGGAUUUUGGGGGAAUGUCCCAAAAUAAGGACAAAAACCCCGCUGGAAUCGCUGCUGGUGCCCCACGGGGACAGGGUGGGACUCCUUGCCCGGGCUCCCGUCACCAUCCCAUCCUUUCACCGAUUUCGGGCAGUUUGAGCCCAAAACCAGCCGGGAUCCCCCCCAGGGCCCCUCCUGACCCCGCUGGUGCUGUUCCUCAUUGCCUGACCAGUCUGAUUUAGAUUAUCUGACUAAUGACUCAUUAGAUUCUCGUUAACGAA